AUGAAGGUGAGGGUCGGGCAGUUCCACACGCUCAGGCAGUUUACCUUGCCUAAAUGGCUGCCGUCCUAUGUUCCUUUCUUGGAGUCCAAAAAAGGAAGUGAGGAGCUUUGUAGAGACAGCAUUCUGUGGAAGAAGAAUAUCAGAUCAGCGGAGGAAAGAGUCCUCAGCUCUGCCUGGAAUUCAGUAAACAUAAGAAUGCCUCACUAUCGAAAGUACCUGCGCCUCAGCCUUGAGGGAGACGUCCAGACCCCAAAUGAACAAGAGUUGAUGUUUGCACGAGUUCCCACAGCUGAGGAUGAGGGAAGUGAAGAGGAAGAAGAGAAGGGGAAAGAAAAGAAGGAGGAUAACACUGGGAAAGAAGACGAGGAAGAAGAGACGGAAGAAAAGGACGAUAACAAUGAAGAAGAGGAAAAGGAAAGAAUCAGGGGAGAGGAAAAUGAAAAGUACGAAGAUGGAGAAGUUAAUGAAGAUGGAGGAGAGAAUAAAGAGGAAUCAGAGUAUGAAGAUCAAGAGUCUGACACGUCUUCCAUAUAUUUUCUCUCUUCUAAUGUUUCUUUAUCUAGUUUCUCCCCUCCUUCUCCCCUUUCCUCUUCCUCAUCUUCCCGCUUUUCACUGUUUCAGGAAAACCUGGCAGAGAAUGAGGGGCAUGCUACCAGUUUGGUAAGCAUAGUUCAGAGUGCUCAGAACUCCUCCACCUCACCUACUUUGUGGGGAGAUAUACAUGAAGAAAUGAGCUUCCAGGAAGAAGAAGAGAGUUCAGGCACCCCAGAGUCUCCAAUAGACAUUGAAGCCUUGCUGCGAAUUCUGCUACGAGAAAAGAUAACUGAGUUGGUGUUUCUUUUCAUUUACAAAUAUCGAAUGAAGGAAUCCAUCACAGAA